ACCCGUGACUUCCUCCUUUUUCCUCCGUCCUCGCAUAAAAGUCAGCCUGCUGCACCUGGCUAACCGAGAACAGAAGCUUACAGUCCGGAGGAGACAACAAUUCUAUCAUCUGAAGUGCAGCUGAAGAUAUCCUCACAGGCUUUGGGUUUCUUCUGGCUGAGUAGAGGUCUACGCUCACUGGACUAUUUGCCGUGCACGUAAAAGAAGAAAAAAGAAAACUAAAAAAUUAUCAUGGAUGUCGAAAGUCUCAAAAAGAGUGGAAGUUCACGUGUGAGGUGCCUGGACGCGUUUCUGGUUGUUUCCAUUGUGUUGCUGUUCGCGGCAGUCGGGGUGCUGACGGUGGGACUCUUCUUUGGGACGAAGGCUGAGACAGCGUCCAGCCCUCAGCCCUACGCCUCUGAUGUCGGGGACAAGAUGCAGAACGUUGCCUACCUGAAACCACACUUACGCAACCUGGAGAACGGCACCAUGCGGUGGACGGCUGUAAGCCGCGGAGCGGGGAACUCCGUGGGAAGCCUCUUCGACUUCAACCCAGACCACCACUCUAUCAGGACGACGCGGGACGGCCAGUACUUCAUCUACAUCGAGCUCAAGCUCAACUGCUCGACAACGCCCGUCUGCGACGCCGGUCGGUUCACCGUGAGCAUCGGUGACUCACGUGACUCACGUGACUCACGCCUCACGUGCAACUUCGAGCUGCCUGAGUGGAAGGAAACGACCCCCGUCUACCGGAAGUGCUGGCAGGUGACCAGGAUGGACAAAGAGAUGCGGUUGGUCACUCAGAUGACUGCCCAGCAGCAGCUGAACAAAUGGACGAUCGACGUGGCCGCUUCCGAACAGGGGAUCUACCUAGUGGGUUAG